ACAAGAUUCCGUUCAGUAAAUAAAAUAUAUCUCGACUUCAUCGAAGCAGCCAAUUAGUGUGUAAGUGGACUUCAAAUUCUCAAAGAAACUCUUGAAAAACAGGUUUUGGUAAAUAGCUACCUUAAUUAGUGCUCUGGAAAAUAUCUCCUUGUAUACCAAUGUGCACAUUAAUAUUAAGAAUCUUAUGAUUUUCCACAAUAAAAUGAGAAAAAAGUGUUUAUUAACGAUACUUUCCGAAAAUGACAAAAAUGAUGGUGUACAAUUGAAAGCCUGUAGCACUGAAACUAGUUUUACUGUUUGGAUAGUUUUCCAAAAAGAUGAAUAAGUGGAAAAAAUGAAUCCAGUGAUGGGAUUCUGGGAGAAAUUGCGGAUGAAAUUAGAUCGUGUUUCAUCAACUCAAACAUCAACAUCAGAGAAUCAUAAAACAGAAACCAACACAACUACACCUAACUGUACUACAACUCAUUCGACAAAUAAUGCCGUUCCAACGCCAGUGACCGUGAAUGUCUAUGAUAUGUUGUGGAUAAAUGAUUACGUCAGUUCUCUUGGUAUUGGAGUUUAUCAUACAGGAGUUGUAGUUCAUGGAAUUGAAUAUUCAUAUGGUGGACAUCCAUUAACCAACUCUGGAGUGUUCUCUAUGUUACCAAGAGAUUCUGCUUAUUUAGGCGAAAAUUAUUCGUACAAAGUCACAUUGUCCAUGGGAUAUACAGAUUUUACAGCUUCCGACGUUCCUUUAUUACUGGAGAGUAUAACAACAGAUUAUCGUGGUGAUCAAUAUCAUUUAUUGAAUAAAAACUGUAAUCAUUUCUCUGAUACAUUUGUUCAGUUACUUUGUGGUCGAUCUUUGCCUAAAUGGAUAAAUCGAUUGGCUACAAUUGGUUCCAAACUUCCAUUUAUUGAACGUACACUACCAGUUGAAUGGUUGAAACCACAUCAACAGAUUAAUAAUCAUAUAAAUAAAGUCGAAAAAUAUGACAAUGAUAUAGAAUGUAUGGAACAAUCAAAUCAUUUAAAUAUACAGACUACUUCAUUGCCUAAUAUCCGAAGAAUUAGUACUAUAGAACGUUUACAAAAUUGUGUACAUCGUUUACAUAAAGGAAAUAUACAUAAACGUGAACAAAAUCAUCAUCAUCAUCAUCCUCAUCAUUUAAUAAAUUCUAUAAAAUCUGAUACAUAUUCAUUAAUUGAUAUUCCAUUGAAUGAAAAAACACAAAUAGAUUAUCAUUUAUAUUUAUAUUUAACACAAUAUAAAACAUUCAAUAAAUCUAAUUCUAAUGAUGAAUACAAUAAAAAAAUAAAUCCUUCUGUUACUAUGACAAAUAAUACAUUGAAUAUGAAUACAAAUCAUUGUAUAAAUCCUCAAUUUUCUGAUGAUUUAUUGACAAAUAGAAUAAUAUCAUCUCAUGGUAUUUCAUUAUCAUCAUUAUCAUUAAAUCAUAUUGAUAACACUUGUCAAUCUAUAAAACGAUCUCAAUCUAUUGCAUUUGAUCAUAUCUAUCAAAAUAGAUAA